UGCCCUCAUGUGUACAUAACGAGCAAAGUAAUCCUUUUUAUGAGCUCUAUAAAUUCCCCCCACGAAGGUUUAAUUUAUUGCUUCUGUUCUUUAAACGAACUCCAAGAUAUAAAAAGACCAUAAGCAUCUUGACUCUGUUCGAUCAAGGCCUUCAAAAACAUCUUUUGAAGUUCUACAAUGGCGAGUUGUGCUAUGUUUCAACUUCUUCUUCUUCUUCUUCUAUCAAUCAUUGUAGCGCCUACAAAUGCAAACAUAGAAGGGGAUGCUCUGUAUGCAUUGAGAAGAGCAGUGAAGGAUCCAGGACUAGUUCUGCAAAGCUGGGAUCCGACCUUGGUAGAUCCAUGUACUUGGUUUCACGUCACCUGUGACAACGAUAAUCGCGUUACCCGUCUAGACCUUGGGAAUGCAAAACUGUCUGGCAAUCUAGUACCUGAGCUGGGGAAACUUAAGCGUCUUCAGUAUCUGGAACUGUACAUGAAUAAGCUGGUGGGUCCUGUACCAAAGGAGCUUGGAAACCUCAAAAGCCUGGUGAGCUUGGACCUUUACCACAAUAAUCUAACUGGGUUUAUCCCUGCUACACUCUCGAAGCUUUCCAAUCUCAAAUUCCUGAGACUGAACGAUAACAGACUAACCGGAAGGAUACCAAGGGAACUAACCAAAUUGGGAAACCUCAAGAUUCUUGACGUAUCGGACAAUGAUUUGUGUGGCACAAUCCCUACUUCUGGCUCCUUCUCUAAGUUCUCAGAGGAAAGUUUUGUAAAUAACCCUAGACUGGAAGGCCCAGAACUGAUGGGAUUUGUGAGAUACGAUGUAGUAGGAGGUAGCUGUUAAAAGAAGCCCCAAUUCCACAUUCUCUUUAUAUGGGAAGGGCUAUAUCUUUACUCGUAGAAUAUCGGUUUUUAUAACAGACCUAGAACUAAGAAAGCCGGUUUAUGUUGAGAGGAGAAUGUCCAAAGGUUGGCUGUCGCUUUCAGCCAUCUGUAUUCCAUUUUGCCUUUCAACUUGCAGAGAAUAGAUAUUCAUUAUCGUUGCUCCUCAA